AAACAAGUUAUAAAUUUGAAUUAAAUAAAUAAAUUAAUUAAAAUUAUUAAAUUGAUAAAAACGCGCCAAAUUUAAAAAGUUGACAUGAUAGAUAUUGAAAUAUUUAUGGAAGAAUUUUAGUAUGGAGACUAAUGAAAUGAGUGAAUUGAUGUUGAUUGAUAAAUUGAGACCUCGGAGUUUGAAAGAUUAUUUUGGACACAAAAAUGUUAUUGGAGAGGAAACUUUGUUGGGUAAAAUGUUGGAUAAAAAAGAAAUUAGUAGUAUGAUUUUGUGGGGACCAACAGGAUGUGGAAAGACUUCUCUUGCCAAUGUAAUUGCAAACAUGAAUAAUUAUAACAGUAAACAAUCAAAUGACAACAAUACUUGUUUUAUAAAAUUGUCUGCCGCGACAUGCGGUAUCGGUGACAUUCGAACCGCCGUAAAAACAGCAAUUGAUACUAAGAAAAAAUUAACAUCUACUUCAUGUCCAAUAAUUGUAUUUAUGGAUGAAAUUCAUCGGUUCAAUAAAUUGCAGCAGGAUAUAUUUUUACCUCACGUUGAAGCCGGUACAUUUAUAUUAAUUGGAGCGACGACUGAAAAUCCAUUAUUUAGUUUGAAUUCAGCAUUAAUAAGUCGCUGUCGAGUAUUUAAAUUUGAUAAAUUAUCCACGAAUGACAUUCAAAAUAUACUCAAUCGUGGCCUAUUACUAAUAAACAACAAAUUGAAAAUAGUUGAUAAUAAAUUUAUUGAAGAUACUGGAAAUGAACCUGGUUGCUGUACUACUGAAUAUACUAUUAAUCAAGAUGCAUUGCAAUGGUUAGCAGAAAUGUCUAAUGGCGACGCAAGAAUAGCUCUUAAUACUCUUGAAUUAAUGAUCAAGUCGUCUAAUAAUUCGAAUAGAUUGAAUGAAAUAAACUUAUCAUUAGAAAAUGUUAAAAUAAAUAUCGAAAGAGCGUAUUUGUUGUCUGCUAAAGAGUGUGAUAUAAAUAAUGAUUUAGUAUCAGCAAUGCACAAAUCAAUUAAAGCUAGUAAUUUAAAUGCAGCUUUGUAUUGGCUCGCUAGAUUAAUGGCCAAUCGUGAAGAUCCGGUUUUUAUUGGAAAAAGAUUAAUACGAAUUGCUAAUGAAGAUGUUGAUAUUUCUGAUCCUGAUGCUUUAGAUACUGCAGUCCAUACCAUGCAUGCAUGUCAAAUGAUUGGGAUGCCAGAGUGUGACGUAAUGCUGGGCCAAUGUGUUAUUUAUUUAUGUAAAGCCAAAAAAAUUAAUUUUUUCAAUAGACUUAAAAGUGUUCAUCAAUUAGUUACAGAUAAUUUAAAUAAUUAAUAAUUACUUUACUGUUUCAAGAAAAAAUUUAUCAUGCCGUCAAAAAGUUUUGAUACUUCUACAGAAAUUAAUUUACAAUAAUUACUUAUAAUUAUUUUUUAUACCAAAAGAUUAAUAAUAAAAAAAACGAUACCGAAAUUUUUAUUUCACUAAAAAUAAUGAGCGCCGCAUUAAAAUAACCCGCGCAAAGUUGCGCGUGUGCGCCGAGUAAAAGAAAUAAUCUUGCGCUUGCGCAGUAAAAAAAAGUAUAAUAAGCUGGUAGUUGACAUAAACUAGCGAAUUAUCUUAACGAACUAACAGAAUUCUCAAGGUUAAGUACCCUGAUUGGUUGAUUAAUUUACCAAUAGUCAAA